CGCCAUCUUCGCCGCCGCCGAGCCGCCGGUCCCGCCGCAGCGCCGCCGCCCCGCAGGCCGCCCGUCCAUGGCCAGCUUUCCCCCGAGUGUCAACGAGAAGCUCAUCGCACGGUCCCGCACGGUAGGAGAGCUCCUCGCCCCCACGGCUCCCUUCGACAAGAAGUGUGGGCGGGAGAACUGGACGGUCGCGUUCGCUCCCGAUGGCUCGUACCUGGCGUGGUCGCAGGGACACCGCAUAGUGAAGCUGGUCCCCUGGGCACAGUGCCUCAGUAACUUUUUGCUGCACGGCACAAAGAAUGGUGCAAACCCUGCCAGCACCAGGCUCCCGAGGCAGAACAGUGAGAGUGGGCAGAAGAACAAGCCCUGCGAGCACAUCCUCGACUGCGGGGACAUCGUGUGGAGCUUGGCCUUCGGCUCCUCGGUGCCGGAGAAGCGGAGCCGCUGCGUCAACAUCGAGUGGCACCGCUUCAAGUUUGGGCAGGACCAGCUGCUCCUGGCCACGGGCCUCAACAACGGCCGCAUCAAGAUCUGGGAUGUCUACACAGGAAAACUCCUCCUGAACCUGAUGGACCACACGGAAGUUGUCAGAGAUUUAACCUUUGCCCCUGAUGGCAGCCUGAUUUUAGUGUCUGCAUCCAGAGACAAAACCCUGCGGGUGUGGGACCUGAAAGAUGAUGGAAAUAUGAUGAAGGUGUUGAGAGGCCAUCAGAACUGGGUGUAUGGCUGUGCAUUCUCGCCAGACUCCUCCAUCCUCUGCUCUGUUGGAGCUAGUAAGGCAGUUUUCCUCUGGGAUAUGGAUAAAUACUCCAUGUUACGGAAACUUGAAGGACAUCACAAUGAUGUUGUAGCUUGUGAGUUCUCUCCUGAUGGAGCAUUACUGGCUACUGCAUCUUAUGAUACUCGAGUCUAUGUCUGGGAUCCACAUAUUGGAGUUAUUCUCAUGGAAUUUGGGCACCUGUUCCCUGCUCCCACGCCGAUCUUCGCGGGCGGUGCCAACGACCGCUGGGUGCGCUCGGUGUCCUUCAGCCCCGACGGGCUGCACGUGGCCAGCCUGGCCGACGACAGAAUGGUGAGGUUCUGGAGAAUUGAUGAAGAAUACCCUGUACAAGUUGCACCUCUGAACAACGGGCUCUGCUGUACUUUCUCUACUGAUGGCAGUGUUCUCGCUGCAGGGACCCAGGAUGGCAGCCUGCACUUCUGGGCCACGCCCUGGCAGGUGCCCAGCCUGCAGCACCUCUGCCGCGUGGCCAUCCGCAGGGUCAUGCCCACCCGCCACGUCACCAGCCUGCCCAUCCCACCCAAGGUGCUGGAGUUCCUUUGCUACCAGAUUUGAUUUUUUGGAAAAGAAGAAAAAAACUCCAAUUCCAGCUGGCAGGUGGCCCAGCUGCUGAAACUGGCUACAAACACUUCACAGAAUCCUCAAACUGUACAGCCUUUAAGCUUAAAACUCUACAGGUUUUCAAGAGCUAUUUAAAGUGAUAACCUAAAUACUAUUUUAUCAAAAUGCCUGACAGGUAAUUUUUUUUACUAUUUAUAGAAAACACAGUAGAAGUAUUCCUGGUGUUCUCAAUUUUCUAAAAUAUAACUGUGAAAACAUGUACAUAUAUAGACAUAAGCUGCUACAUGUUAUCAUUGUACCUUUAAAAAUUGCUUCUCUGAUGUUUCAUGUCUCAUGUAUAUAUUGCUUUGGUAGAGCCAUGAUGCAUCUGUGCUGUAAGUGGAAGGAAAACUGUUAUUCUGGGACAUCGAGGUAGGAAAAUACUGACUUACAGAGCAGUUAAGGUUCCUUUUGUACAUUGGUUGGGGUUCAGGAAGCUGAGCCCCAGGUCAGACUUUGUGCUAGUUUCUUUGUGAGGAGGUACAGCUUGGCUUUGUAGAGCAGUGUGUGUGUGCUGGUUUAAAAGGAAACCUGUGGGAGAAAUGAACCCAGCUCAAGAAGGAUUACAAGUCAGA